GUUAUAAUCUGAAGAUGGCUGUUAAAAGCAGCCAAAAAUGUUUGUUUCAUUAAAAAUUGUCUGCUAGAUCAAAAAGGUUUUUGAAUAGAAUUAUUAACUGAAUACUUGCAAGUUGUACUUACUUUACAAUAGUGAAAGAUGAUAAAAUAUAUUAAAUGCACUCAAGGCACAAUAUAUGACCUGUAAAAAUGUUGCAAGAAAGAUACAAUAAAAAUUAAUUUAUUCACAGGAUAAACAUCCUAAUAAAGAUGAUAUGAUGGUUUUAAAAAAUCAGCAGUAAUCAAGAAACAAGUAAAACUGAUGAAACUAAAUUAUGGUUGAAAACAGCAAUUAGACAGAAAGAUCUCUGGCUUGAAAUGGGAAUCCAUCGAAAAACAAAAAGACCAUCUAUUAAAGGAAAUGACCUUCCUGCUAAUGGAUAGUUGAUAAUCUGAUACUUCUUUCUCGAAUCACACUGGCAUCUUCGAAGACAGUCUGUUAUAGUUCAAGCAGAUGCAUGAAAUGGCUGCAGAUUCGGGAGGAAAUAGCAGUGAUAAUGAAGCAGAUGUUACCACUCCAUUUGUUCAAGUAGAUUUCAAUGAUUUAGAUUUUUACGAAAGAUGCGGGGAAGGAGCAUUUGGUAGCGUCUAUCGAGCAGCAUGGAAACCACAAAAUAGAAUAGUUGCUGUAAAAAAGCUACUCGUUCUAGAGAAAGAGGCUCAAGUACUCAGCUUACUAAGUCACAAGAAUAUAAUUCAAUUUUUUGGAGCUGUUAUUAAACCACCAAAUUUCUGCAUCAUUACUGAAUAUGCAGAAAAUGGUUCUCUUUAUGCAUUCCUUGCUCAGCAAGAACAUAAUUCUAUGUUGAGUUUUGAACAGAUUUUACGUUGGAGCAUUGAAAUUGCUGCAGGUAUGAAUUAUCUGCACUAUGAGGCACCUGUAAAAGUAAUUCACCGAGAUUUAAAAUCUAAGAAUGUUGUUAUUAGUUCUGAUUUUGUUUGUAAGAUAUGCGACUUUGGAGCAUCUCGAUUCUUAGGUGGCACCACAAAGAUGUCUGUUGCCGGAACUUUACCGUGGAUGGCCCCCGAAGUUAUACAAUGCUUACCAGUAUCAGAAGCAUGCGAUGUAUGGUCAUAUGGUGUUGUGCUUUGGGAACUUUUCACUCAUGAAGUGCCAUUUAAAGGUAUAGAAGGCUUUCAAGUAGCUUGGGCUGUUGUAGAAAAAGAAGAGCGGUUACCUAUUCCAAAAUCCUGUCCUCCAAAAUUUGCUGAUCUUAUGAGAUGGUGUUGGAAAUCAGAUCCAAAGGAGAGACCAAUUUUUUCUGUAAUAUUAAAACAACUACAUAUUUUAAAAGAAGAUGAUUCCUUAUAUGAUGAAGCUUCUAUCUACCUCACUCAGAAAAGUGUUUGGAGGAAAGAAAUUGAGUUUACACUUGAACUUAUGAAGAAAGCAGAAAGAGAUCUUAAUCAAAAACAGAAACAGUUAGAAGAGUGGGAGAACCGUUUACUCGAGAAAGAAAAUAAACUAAAACAUCAGAAACUCUGCAUGGAACUUUACAAUCAUGACGUAAACCUAUGGUCUGAAAAAGAUGUUUAUCUUUGGAUCAAACAAUUUGGAAGUGAUGUAAGUGCUCAAGAUUUAGAACAAUAUGCAGACUUAUUCCUCAAUCAACAUAUCACUGGAAAGCGUCUUUUGAUGUUAUCGUCAGAAACUCUUAAAGACAUGGGCAUUAAUUCUGUUGGUCACAGAAUACACUUAAUAGAUGAAAUUGAAAAAUUAAGAAAUCAUAACAAGAGGAUGAUAGAAUUUCCCCCAUUGGAAAAGAACAUUUGUCACAAUCCUCUGCCUACAUUUCAUCGACCUAAAACUAUAAAACUCACGCUAUUGUUUGGAAAUCAUGUACGUUUGGGAAUGUCUUCGUCAGAUCAUAAAUGGAAAAUGUUUGUUGAAGUAGACGAUGAAGAAAAUCCACUUAACGCUGUUACGUGUAUUAAAGAAGUUAGUUUCGAAUGUAGGCAAGCAGGUCUCUCUUUAACAAGGAUCACUCAACCUCCGUUUGUAAUGGAAAGAUGGUGUUUAGGAAUAACUCCGGAUACCAUUGUUACGUGUAUUGUUACUUAUCAGCACAUUAUCAAAAAACCUAGAUUCACAAAACAUUGUCAUCAAGUCAAAACAGAAGGACAACUUUCAGAGCAAAGAGAAGUUACGUUAACACGAAGAAUGAUAAGAGGCGAAUCAAACAGUCCUCAUCGUAAAUCUAGCCAACAUAGCAGAAGCGCACCUAUUAUUCCCGAUGCAUGGAAAAAUCGUUACUACUCUGAUCAAUUUCCUCUUCAAAAUGAUAAUAUUGAACAAAGUACAUGGGCAAAUGUUGCUUCUGGCGAAAGUCGUAAUAGUCCAUUUCAAAAGAAAGAUUUUCCUUCUCUUGGAGCAUCAGAUACAAGCAGCAGUGAAGGAGAAAGCAUUCUUGAUACAGUUAAGGCUUUGGGGUUGCAUCUUUUUAACGAAAGCUCUGCUGAAAAAUUAUCGCAGGCCAAAAGAUUCAUGAAACCCGACCGCAAAGUUUUAUUCUCCCUGCACGAAUCGAGUUCUUCGGAGUCGAUCGGUAACAACGAAACUUCAAAAUUCUUCAGAGAGAGAAGAAGCAGCACACCGUCUCGCAAAUUGGGACACCAACGAAGAAAAUACAGACACUCUUCGAGUGAUUCGGGAUUUCCUUUCGAAAAUCACUGUGAAAGUAAUCUCUUCGAUAACGACCGUCUGAAUAAGCACUUUGUCAAAUUCCAACAAUGUCGCAUCAGGCUCCAGAGAGAGGUGGAUCACGUUCAAUCUAGCAGUCAGCGAUCAAACACGAGCGAGAAAUUGCACCAGAGAAACACCAUGGAUUCGUUUAACAUCGGAUUAGAGGACAGAUUUUCACAAUUUCCCUUUCGUUUUCACCAGCACGGAAACGGCAGCACGUUUGGAAAGCGAUGCCGCGGAAGGGGAAGACUGUUCAGUAGGGAAAAGGGCGAGCCCGAGCUGAGAGCCUGGAGUUUAGACCGCGAAGAGGGAAUGUAAAAACAGUAUGCAUAUUAUAUUUUUGCUUGCUACCCAUUUCCACCACUGUAAUGUGAUAAUUAUGUUCCAUUGUAUUUAUUUCAAUUAAUAUUUUAAAAUGUCUUCGAGUCGGUAAUUUUUAAAAUUACCAACUUGAAAAUGAAAGAUCAAGGAAAAUUUGAAAAUAUUUUCUUAAAAGAAAAGGAGAGAGAGAGAGAGAGAGGAGGCAAAUUUUGAUAAACCAAACUUUGGUUAACUUAUCCCAAUUAAAUGUCUUAGUAAUCCGUUAUCACGACACGUUGUCUCCGACACUAACGGUCUCAGGUUGUGAACUCGUUAUUCUGUAAAUACUACCUUCCAUUGACUAAUGUGCCAAUUGUGCAAUAAAAAAUUCAUACCUCAUCAUUAAAAUUAGACACAGAACACAGACAGACAGAGAGAGAGGGAGGGAAGAAAAAA